CGCCAGCCAAUCCCGUCGCGCCAUUCCCUUCCCUCGGAGGCCCCGCCCCCGCGCCCGGGAUGCUGGGCCCCCGCGGCGUGACGCGAGCACGGCGGCUCCGCCCCCUGCGUCUCUGGCCUCGCCGGCCUUGGGGGGGGAGGGGGGGGAUGGUUCCAUCAUGGCGUCAAUGCAGAAACGACUGCAGAAAGAACUGUUGGCUUUGCAAAAUGACCCACCUCCUGGGAUGACUUUAAAUGAAAAGAGUGUUCAAAAUUCAAUUACACAGUGGAUUGUAGACAUGGAAGGUGCACCAGGUACCUUAUAUGAAGGGGAAAAAUUUCAACUUCUAUUUAAGUUUAGUAGUCGAUAUCCUUUUGACUCUCCUCAGGUCAUGUUUACUGGUGAAAAUAUUCCCGUUCAUCCUCAUGUUUAUAGCAAUGGUCAUAUCUGUUUAUCCAUUCUAACAGAAGACUGGUCCCCAGCGCUCUCAGUCCAAUCAGUUUGUCUUAGCAUUAUUAGCAUGCUUUCCAGCUGCAAAGAAAAGAGACGACCACCAGAUAAUUCUUUUUAUGUUCGAACAUGUAACAAGAAUCCAAAGAAAACAAAAUGGUGGUAUCAUGAUGAUACUUGUUGAUGCCACUAUUAUCAUCCUCCUAGCAGAAGAUAGUCCUACUGAGAAAAUGAGCACUUUGAUCAUUCAGUCUUUGAACUUUAACCUUUGACUGGAAGUGACCUAUAGGCAAUGAAGACUACUUCCUUUUACUGCAUUUUUACUCGUGUGCAUUCUGGGCGCAUGUUGAUCGCUGGUUCAGUCCAGGCAACUGACAUGCUUUUAUUAGUCAUACAGUAUUAAUGCAGGUGUCAGGAAAUGUCAAAUAUAAUUCCAUUUUUUAUUUUUAUUUUUUUAAGCUUUUGGAAAAGUUCCAGGUCCUCAUGUAUUGUGCAAUAACAAUGACUUCCUUGACGGUUUUGGGACGUUCAUUGCCGGCAAUGGACGUCAUAACAGGAAAAAUUUUCAUUAACUCCUGCCACCCAGUGAUUAAUGCAUGAUAGGGCCUAUGAAAUUAACGUUAACGGUUCUAGUGGGAUUAUAAAUAAAGUGAGGGAUCCAACAUUACUUUGAAAGUCACCCCAACUUGUUUCUGUUUGGAUUCUAUGCACUGUGAUCCUAAGGUUAACAGCAUGAAUUAACAUGCAUCUUCAAAGGACUGUAAUGAAAGAUCAUUGCGUAUUUAUUGAAUUGUUUAUAUCUACUGUCAAGUUGUUUUGACAUGGAAGGUUUUCAAGUAACAUUGGCAGAGAGGUACAAUAUGUUAUCCCUAUGGUGAAAAUAAAUUCAUUUGUUGUAUAUAGUUCCUUAAUCUUUGGAGUAAAGGUAUGAGUAAUAAUAGGGUAUGAAUGGUUUAAUCAAGGCUUUAUUUUGGAAGAUAAAUGGCAGUGAUGAUUAAAUUACUGCAGUCCAUAAUUUGGGCUUGUUUGUACAUUAAUGAUUUUUCCACGUAGAGUACACUCUGUUACUUCCUGCUAGCCAUCAGCAUGAGCCCUACUGCCUAAACACUAUUUCAUUUAUUUGUUUGGAAAACCCCAAACCAUUUUUUGUUUGCCAUUUUGUUUCUUUUGUUAUGUUUCAAGUCAAGUUUGAAUGUUACAAUAUUUUAAUUGAAAAACUUUUGUCAAUUUUUUUCUUGUAAAUUUUCUUUACUUGUAACUAUCAUCUUGUCCUUCAAUCCUGUACCCUAAAAUAAGAAAUACAUUUUUGACAGAGGCUUAAUGUUUUAUCAAAAGAGUGUGGACAUUUUUAUUUUAAAAUUUAGGCAGAAGUACACUAUACAAUGGUAUGUUUACUUAUUUUAUUUAUCUCACACAACCAUACAGUUAUUCCUGGAAAGAUUUCUUUUGUUUUGUUUUCUUGUUUAAAAGACUUUGCUUACAGUCUUUGCUUUACAGUAAAACUUUUUCUAUAGGAAAAAAAUUGUUGAAAGGUCCAAUUCUCAGUACUGUGUAAGUUAAUGAUACUGCAGCUAGGUUCUCUUUUUAAAAAGUGAUUAAUGUAUUUUAUAAAUUACCUUUUCACAUAUGCAAAAUCUGUUUCUACUACAAUGUUAUUUUUACUAAUGCAUAUUGUUGCACUCUUUUAACAUAUCCUGCAGUGAAUUUAUGAAUCAAUUUGGGCUUAAAAAUAAAAGCCAAUUGGCUGAAAGAUUUGAAAUAUGUACCCCAGCAAAACUGUCCAAUCAAUAAUUGGCAAAUAAUAUUUUAAAAUUUGUUUUUAACCUCUGUAUAGACAACAUUUUGUAGCUUUGUACAUGUUGUUAAUUAAGGGCAUAUAAUUUUACACUCUAAAGUAUAAUUGCUGAACUCAGGGGUGGGUAGACUUCAAAAAUACGUCUGCUUUAGAAAUAACUUGAAAAAAAAUUAAAACUAUAGCCAGCCACCAAAUUGUGGACACUGUUUAUACUGCUAGUUAGCAACUACCACUUUUUAAAAUUAAAAACAUUUUUGUUCUCUCUUGACUAGGCAUAAAUAAGUUCCCACAGUAGUCUUUAUCUAUCUUACUAGAUGGCCUAUUUAACCAAGACAGAAAAUGUUUUUGGGGAUGGUUUGAACUACUCUUAGUUUUCAACUGCUUUUUAAUAUGAAAAUCGCAGCUGUAAAUGAUAUAUUUUUCAUAUUUUGCAUAACUGCUCUAAACUGAUUAACCUGAUCAUUUUCGGGGGUGAGGGUGGGGGAAAUUCCCUUUGUUCUGCUGGUCCUCUUACUAAAAUCCUUUUAUUAAAAAUAAUGACCUGUGACAUUAUUUACCAAAAGAAUUGAUAUACCAGGUCAAAGAUUAACAAUGCUAUAUUAUAGAUAUAACCUCAGUUCAGUUUUUAAAAUAUGAAUAAUAGUGUUUUAACAUACCUCUCUCUCUACAUGGAGACACCAUAAAAAUUAAAAUGAAGCAGAGGAAAGUAAAGGAAAACCAAAUAAUUUCAGUACAUUUUAUGGUUUAAAGAGAAGAAAUGAGGAUGAAAUAUCCUAAAAUAUAGAAACAACAACCAUUCAAAAUUUGCAAUCAGAUAACACUUUAUUUCUCCCUUGAACUUAGGAAUCAUUGAAAAGUCCUUUGCACUUAGAUUUAAUGAGUUAAUUUUAAAUGUAAGUUACAUUAUUGAAAGACAUAAGAUGUUUACCUGAGUCAUUGCUCUGGAAAGGGCAAUUAAUGGCUUUGUAAUAAUUAAAUGACUAUUUCUCUGUGAUACGUUGUUGAAAGACAACCACAAUGCCAAGAAAAUGUACAUAGGAACCUGCGCCUUCCCUCUUCCCUGCUUCCCUCUGGGGCACUGUCUGCUGCGGAGGCCUACAGAAUCCUACUCUCAUAUUCAGACAAUGUGCACUUUCUUCUUUUUUAUUUAUUUAUUUAUUUAUUUGAAGGCCAUUCUUCUGGUUUGCCAAAUUCUGUUAAGACAGUGAUGCAUUCAGUUCCUCAUUUUGCAUGCUUAAAUCAGGAACUUGGCCCUUUCAAAAAAAGAAAAAUACUAUUAUGUCAAGUAGGUAUUUGCCGUAGACUUUAAAGAGAGAAAUGGUUUUCAGUUUUUUAAGAUACAUUUUUUAAAAGUAAAUUUUAUGGAUUUUCUCUUAAGGAAUUUGAUAUUCACCUCUAAAGGACUUUACUUAUAAUGUGUAAAUUCUCUUUUAGCUAGCAGGGAAAUAAAACUUUUUUUUAAUCCCCAGGGGCAAAUGCUAAAAAUAGCUUUUCUAAACAGUUCAUCUGGAGAAAGAUCUUAAUCCUUAUUGUUUUGACGAGGUAUACCCAUAUUUGGUAUAAAAUUAUUAGAAUAGUUUAUUACUUUUUCCCUUCUGAAAUUUUAAAUAUAUGCAAUAUAAUAUAUCAUUAGAUUCCUGUGGUGGAUAAUAAUUUUGUCAGAUUCUAAAACAGGUAUCUAGUGGCUGCUUGAUCAUUCCCAAAUUGCAUCAAAGAUGAAUUGACAGAUAAUGGAAAUGAGUAGUGAUGUGAAAAUGGUAUGUAACCACAUAUGACUUGUUUCUGCUAAUCAAGUCUUAUUUUUUAAAAAGCCUAUUGUUUUCGAGAAUUGAGAUAUUUAAACCUUGUUAAAGCUUCUCCCUAAAAAUAGAAGAGAAGAGGAGGUACUGUGUGUUAACUUUUUUUAAAUAAAGAAUUCAGUGUCACUAGUUCUAAGGCUUUAUUGUUACUCCUGCUUAUAUUUCUCGCUCUCACUUUUAUUUAGUUUUUUUGUGCAUAUUUUAGCUGAAUGCUUUAGAUUUAUAAUUGUGUGAGUUGAUUUUUAUAAAGAACUCAGUCUUAACCAUAUGUUUCUCUUCUGAGGUUUCCUUGUUAUCAGAAUCAGCUGCUCUGGUAUUCUGUGUUGGGCUAAUACCUUUGCAUGAGUAAGAUCUGUGAAGAGGGUGUCUUUCAUCUGCACCAACUAGCCCUAGUCCUCUUCACAGUCGGUUGUUUUUUGUUUUGUUUUUUAUUCCUCUUUUUUCCUCACUGUGUCCUCACAGAUGUGUGUGUAGUGUUUUGUUCUUCAGUUUCUCUUUCCUUUUUUUUUUUUUUUUAAAUAUAUUUUAUUGAUUUUUUACAGAGAGGAAAGGAAGGGAUAGAGAGUUAGAAACAUCGAUGAGAUAGAAACAUCGAUCAGCUGCCUCCUGCACACCCCCUAAUGGGGAUGUGCCCGCAACCAAGGUACAUGCCCUUGACCGGAAUCGAACCUGGGACCCUUCAGUCCGCAGGCCCACGCUCUAUCCACUGAGCCAAACCGGUUUCGGCUUCAGUUUCUCUUUCUGACUUCUUUCUCCCUUCCUCCUUCCUUCCUCCUUUCCUUUUUCCUUUACUUCCCUUUUCCUUUCCUUUAAAUUACUUGUUUUAGUAAAAGUAUAUUUCUGUUUAAGUUUCUGAGUCACUUUGAGAUUUGGAACUCUUUUUAAACAAUAAUUUGUGGGAGACCUUUGCUUUCUCAGCAUAAACUGUGCGUUUGUUUAUCAUUAUCAUUAGAGGCCCACAGAAUUUAAACACAUUUUUCAAACUCAAUCUCUUCCCUGAAGUCGGAAGUUCUGGUUCUAUGGUACUGACUAUGAUUUUAAUUCUAAAAUGUUAGUAUUGGAACAUAUAUUUGGGGAUGAAUCUCCAGAAUGUUUAUAAGAAUAUAUUUUUUUAUGAAAGGUACUUCGUUGGUUAAAAAAAAAAAAAGUAACAUCUGAAGUCAUUUUGAAUGUGUAGAAGGAAUGCCAGACUAGAAGCUGGCCUGUCUAACACCCUAAGGAGCACCAGCUUCGUGAGCCGAGCGCAGGCAGUGAGAAAAGGAGGCAGUUCUCGGUCUGAUUCUUGGCACAGACACUGGCAGGUUUUGAGGAAACUGUUCCUACGUUACUUCUAAGCUCAGAGGCAGAAGCAUGGGCUUUGGCUUGUUCGACAUGACAUCACCUGUCACAUUUCCUGGUAAAGGGGAAGAUGAAAUAAUCCUGCCUCUUUAAUCAUAAAGCCUGAAGCAAGACUGCUAAGCAGGUUGGUAGAUUGUGUCAGUUACCAUGAAAAUACAAACCUCUCCAUAAUUAGCCACAGAUUGUUCACAUAAAUGGAAUGGAUUGUCACGCUUGAGGUAAAAUAAUUAUUUGAAUAGAUUAUUAAAUUAUCUAGAAUUGACUGCAUGUUUAUAAGUCAAAAUGGAUUUUUUAUUAUUUGGUACCAUUUUCCUCUCAAUAUUCAGAAAUACACAUUGUGCAUUUUAUUAAUAGGAAUGGAAGCUUGUGCUUGAAGACUUGAAGAGGGUGGAUGUGUAUAUUUUAUAAAUCCAAGUUGUAAAAUAUGUAAAGCUAUUGCUUUUUAAAUAGAAUAUAAAUGUUAAAAGACAGAUAAAGCCUAUAUAUUAUAUAUUUUUAAAUACAUGUAUCAAACUUUUGUUAGUUGAAUAUAAGUUACAUUGUGUGCUUCAUGGAAUUCAGUAACUUUUAAUAAUAAAGCAGUUGUCACUGUUUUUUUCCUGUA